UUUUUAUUUACACGUAUCACCUUGUUUAAAAAAAUUUUCUUUUAUUUCUGUCGACAUUUCAUUCAAUCGAUUUGGUUUUUGUGUUAAAAAAGAUUUUCUGGCGAAAUAUAUUCUUAUAAUAUAAUUGGAAGUACGCACAUAAAAGUUACUUCAGAGAUCGUAAAAUGUCCGACUCUGAAGAAAGUAAUAUAUCGGAUAGUGGUUCCGAAGAUGGAUCCGUUGGAUCCAAUAAGUCGCAAAAGAGUGCGCAUUCCCGAUCACGGUCGCCAGUACGAUCCAGGUCCGGAACAAGGUCUAGAUCUGGAUCAAGAUCUCAAUCUAGAUCCAGGUCACGUUCUCGAUCGCGUUCCCGUUCAGUGGGUUCUGAAUCCGGUUCGGAUAAUUCUGUAAGAGGACAAAAGCAACGAUCGCGGGAUGAUGAAGAAGAAGAGGAUGACGUCGAUGGUGAUGAUGUCGAUUCUGAGGAAUAUGAAGAAGAUGAAGACGACAGACCAAGAAAGAAAAAAAAGAAGGAUCGUUUUGGUGGUUUUAUUAUCGAUGAAGCUGAAGUAGACGAUGAGGUCGAUGAAGAUGAUGAAUGGGAAGAAGGUGCCAAUGAGUUGGGUAUAGUUGGUAAUGAAAUUGACGAAUUGGGUCCAACAGCCCGUGAUAUUGAAAUAAGACGACGUGGUACAAAUCUAUGGGAUACACAAAGAGAAGACGAAAUCGAGGAAUAUUUAAGAAAGAAAUAUGCCGAUGAAUCUAUUGCUAAGAGACAUUUUGGAGAUGGAGGAGAAGAUAUGUCUGAUGAAAUUACCCAACAAACUCUGUUGCCUGGAAUAAAGGAUCCUAAUUUAUGGAUGGUCAAGUGUCGUAUUGGUGAAGAGAAAGCUACAGCUUUGUUAUUAAUGCGUAAAUUUUUAACUUAUCUAAAUACCGAUGAGCCAUUGCAAAUUAAAUCUGUUGUUGCACCCGAGGGUGUCAAGGGUUAUAUAUACAUUGAAUCGUAUAAACAAACCCAUGUCAAGACCACUAUCGAAAAUGUUGGUAAUCUUAGAAUGGGCAAGUGGAAACAAGAGAUGGUACCCAUUAAGGAAAUGACAGAUGUAUUGAAAGUCGUAAAGGAGCAAGUGGGUUUAAAGAUCAAGCAGUGGGUAAGAUUGAAGAGAGGUCUUUAUAAGGAUGAUAUAGCCCAGGUGGACUAUGUUGAUUUGGCUCAAAAUCAAGCCCAUUUAAAAUUAUUGCCACGUAUUGACUACACACGCAUGAGAGGUGCACUUAGAUCAACUACAAACGAAUCUGAUGAUAGUAAACGCAAGAAAAAACGCAGACCUCCUGCAAAACCUUUUGACCCAGAAGCUGUUAGGGCCAUUGGUGGUGAAGUUCAUUCAGAUGGUGACUUUCUGCUGUUCGAAGGAAAUCGCUAUUCUCGCAAGGGUUUCUUAUACAAAAACUUUACCAUGUCAGCUAUUCAAGCUGAAGGCGUUAAACCAACUCUAGCAGAAUUAGAAAGGUUUGAAGAACAACCAGAAGAUGUAAAUUUAGAAAUUGUAACUGGGGCUAAAGAUGAUCCUACUGCUGGACAUUCAUUCUCAAUGGGUGAUAAUGUUGAAGUAUGUGUGGGUGAUUUGGAGAAUUUACAGGCAAAAAUCAUAGCCAUCGACGGUGGAAUGAUUACUGUUAUGCCGAAGCAUCAAGAUUUAAAGGAUCCUUUGGUAUUUAAAGCAAAUGAAUUGCGAAAAUACUUUAAAACUGGUGACCAUGCCCGUGUUUUGGCUGGUCGUUAUGAAGGAGAAACAGGUUUAAUUAUUCGCGUUGAACCCACACGUGUGGUACUUGUCUCCGAUUUAACAAAUCAUGAAUUGGAAGUGUUGCCUAGAGAUUUGCAACUUUGCUCAGAUGUUGCCACCGGUGUGGAUUGUCUGGGUCAAUUUCAAUGGGGUGAUUUGGUGCAACUAGAUGCACAAAAUGUAGGCGUUAUUGUUCGUUUGGAACGUGAAAAUUUCCAUGUUUUGGGUAUGCAUAGCAAGGUUAUUGAAUGCAAACCUACUGCUCUUCAUAAGAGACGUGAGAACAGAAAUACCAUAGCUCUCGAUGCUGAUCAAAAUCAAAUCAGACGUCGCGAUAUUGUUAAAGUUAUGGAAGGUCCCCAUGCGGGUCGAUCGGGUGAAAUAAAACAUUUAUAUCGCAGUUUAGCGUUUUUACAUUGUCGUAUGUAUACGGAAAAUGGUGGAAUAUUUGUGUGCAAGACCCGACAUCUUCAACUUGCUGGUGGUAGCAAAUCACAAACCAAUAAUUUUGGCCCGCUCGGUGGUUUAGGAUUUAUGUCUCCACGUAUUCAAUCUCCUAUGCAUCCUUCGGGUGGACGGGGAGGUCGUGGUGGAGCUAGAGGUGGUCGCGGUGGUUUCAAGGUUACCAGAGAUCGUGAACUGGUAGGCAAAACAAUCAAAAUUAGUGGCGGUCCCUAUAAAGGUGUGGUGGGUAUUAUCAAAGAUGCUACAGAGAGCACAGCGCGUGUGGAAUUACAUACAUCGUGUCAAACCAUUUCGGUUGAUCGUAAUCACAUCGCCAUAGUAGGAGCAGCAGGAAAAGAUGGCAGCCUCUCUUCAUACGGACGCACUCCAGCUCGUACUCCUGGCUAUGGUUCUCAUACACCAAUUUAUGCUGCAGCUGGUUCUAAGACUCCAUUAUUGGGUAGUCAAACACCCAACUGGGAUUCUGAAGGUCGCACACCUUACAGUAGUUCGAUGACACCGUUGCAUGAUGGCAGCAUGACGCCACGUCAUGGAGCUUGGGAUCCGAAUGUUACAAACACACCAGCUCGCAGUAAUGACUUUGAUUAUUCACUUGAAGAACCAAGCCCAAGUCCUGGUUACAAUCCCAGUACUCCUGGUUAUCAGAUCAACACUCAGUUUCCACCACAAACGCCAGGAACUCUUUAUGGCUCUGACCGCAGUUACAGUCCCUUUAACCCCAGUCCAAGUCCAGCUCCUUCUCCAUAUCCUGUUGGCUAUAUGAACACACCAUCUCCUUCUAGUUACUCGCCUAACACUCCUGGCGGUGCUCCCAAUUCACCCUAUAAUCCACAAACUCCUGGCGCAAGCUUAGAAUCACCAAUUGGUGACUGGUGUACAACUGAUAUUGAGGUCAAAAUCCACACCCAUGACGAUGUUGAUUUAGUCGGUCAAACUGGCAUUAUUCGCACAGUUUCUAAUGGCGUCUGUUCAGUUUUCCUACAAGAGGAAGAUCGCAGUGUUUCGGUUGUAAGCGAACAUUUAGCUCCCGUUCCGCCAGAAGUUGGUGAUGAAUUUAAAGUUAUUUAUGGCGAUGAACGUGAAUCGGUCGGUAAAGUGGUAUCGCAUUCUAAUAAAGACACCAGCAUAUGCCAGCUAAAUGGCGAAAUUAAAAUGAUACCAACUGCCUAUUUGAGUAAGAUGAAAUCCAUUGAUUAAAGUAAAAAACUAAUCGCAAUAUGAAAACAUCCAAUACGAUGGGAUAUCAUCAACACUUAAUGGUAAGAUUACAUUUAUCUAAACUCAAGUUUCAAGGAAACCCGAACCCAUACUUAUAUUAAAACAAAACAUAAAAUAUAUAUACAAAAAAAGAUUUUAUAAAAAAUCUUAAGAAAAACAA